UUCGCUCAUCCCCAUCCGCGGCCGGCGCCGGAGGAAAUCCGCCGCUUUGCGCAACGAUGCACGGCGCAGAGAUGGAUACAGCGGAGGAAUAAGUGGGACCUGGCGCUUUCUACUGCGAGGUGCCUUGGAUAGGGACGGAGGCGUCCAGGACCGGCGAUCCUCUUGCGACGGCGCGUCGUCCUUGGAUCGACAAUCAGCGCAUGCCGUAUACAUCGACGAGAUGUGUCCCAUACAUGCAGGGAGAAGAAGUCAGUCCGAUUCGGCGCAUUCCACUCCCGCGAACGAAAGCAGCCAAGUUGUCGUUGGUGCUGGGCCGUUUGAGUGCGGUUGGCGCCGCGGAGUCGAGUCGCAAACGGCCCAGCCCAUCCCCUUUUGCUUCCGUGCGCCACAGCCAUUUCCGACAACGUUUUUGGCGUUGCUGAGCAACUUGUGAAGCAAUUUCUCUCGAUGCUAACACUAAUUUCCGGUAGGAAAAAGUCGGCAUCGUGGCCAUUUUCAACGUCGUGGGAUCGACCGAUGAUGGCGCUGUCGUCGCUGACAUCAGACACGAUGUCCGUCAUCACGAGCUUCCUCAAGGUCGGGUCGAUCUUGAGCCUUGGAGCUACAUCCAAGACCAUGCACUCCAUCGUCACAGGGGCGGUCCUGUGGGAGGACCUGUGCAUCCGGGACUUCCGCAUCAACCCGCAUUCGUUCCCCCGCACCGCGACAGGAUGGUUGCAGCUGUACAAGAACAUGAAAGCUCCUAUCGUUUUAACGUGGGGAGAGAACGGAAACGGCCGCUUGCGACAACCAGAUCAACCGUCGUGGGGCAGGGUGCGGUCGCCGACGCCGAUCGAUACAACCGACAUUGGGCCGAUUGCAGCGAUGGCGUGCACGGGAUGGGGCAUGCACGCGCUGAAUCAAAAGGGUGACGUGUGGUUUUGGGGUGCAUUGGACGAAUAUUCCAUUCAAACGACGGGGUCGAGGGUGCCGCUGCCCGAGCCGUGCCGCUCCAUCUGCGGGGGCCGAUCCUAUGGGUGCGCGCUCGGCGACAGCGGCGCCGCGUACGUGUGGACGUCCGCGCGAAAUGCGUAUUCUGCGGCCAAGUUCACCGUGCAAGUGACCAACUGCACGCCCACGGAAGACUGUCGCCAUGUCAAAGCCAAGGCGAUCGCGGCGGGAUGGAGCCACGUCGCGCUGCUCCUCGCAGACGGGUCGAUCAAGACAUGUCACGUCGAAACCAUCCACUCGAUCGCUCAGACCAAGGCGUUUUCGAUUGCGUCGGACCCGCGUGACCCCAUUGACCGCUUGGUCGCGGGCUGUGACUUCACCGUGGCGCUGUCCAAGCGCGGCCUCGUCUACUUGUGGCACGAAAUUGGGCAACCGCCGACGUCCGAGUCCCUCCAUUUCGACACAAACGACAAGCUAGGGCUGCAUGGAGCCCGGUUCUCCCACAUGUCUGCGCGUUUGCACCACCUCGCGCUCGUCGACGGCGCAACUGGGCGCCUACGUAUGUUUGACCUGAACCGGGGUCGAGAAAUCACGUCGACAUGGAUGGACUCGACACGGGAAAUCGCCAAAGUCUCGCACGGCGACUGGCACGGCGGCGCGUUGCUCACGAACGGCCAAGUGUGGACUUGGGGCAACGGGUCGUGUGCCCUUGGUUUGGGCACGGAAACCCAACGGCAAGUGGACGAGCCGCAACAGAUUCACCGUGGGCUCGAAGGGCUGUUUGUGUUUGAUAUUGCGUUUGGGGGAUGGCAUUCCGCGGCGCUGGCGUUUCGAAUCUAGGCCGAGCGUCGUGCGCCAUCGCGAUGCCGUCGAUGGCGCUCUUCUAAGAUGAAUGUCAUCCAGUUCGACGAGAAAAUGACGAGGGAGCACGGACAGGGCGCACACCCAUGGCGUGACGAUGACUGCCUUGCAUGCUACCACGAACAUGAACACCGUGUCCCGGUAAAAGAGUCGGUGAGGCCAAGUCGGAGCAGUGACGUGCUCGUCGUGCGGUGAAGUCGGUCCCGACGGCACUUGGUCCAAUGGGUAUUUUGUAGUGGGUGAACGAGUUCACCCUAGAGAGCUUGCGGUGGUUCAACCUCGCCGCCUGCGGGCCACGGGUUGCGCGC